AUGUUAAUACCACCCGGCGCGGGCAUUUUCUGCUACUGCUGCUGCGGGCUCCUCCGUCCGAGACAGAUGUUGCGAAACCAAGGCCUCCUCAAGUGCCGCUGCCGCAUGCUCUUCAAUGACCUGAAGGUCUUCCUGCUGCGGAGACCCCCCGCGCCGCCGCCGCCCUCCCCGCCGCCGCCGCUCCCCAUGCCCGGCGGCGCAGAGGCGGCGGCGGCCGCUCCGCCCGGGGGGCGCGGGCCCGCAUGGCGGGCGGCGGGCGGCGGCGGCGGCGCGGGCAGCCCGGCCGCCGAGGAGUGGGGCAGCCCCGCCGGGGAGCCGCCCGCCUCGCUGCCCAGCAGCACCUCCUCGGAUGACUUCGGCAAGGGCAAGGCCGAGGACCGCUACUCGCUGGGCAGCAGCGUCGACAGCGGCAUCCGCACGCCGCUCUGCAGGAUCUGCUUCCAGGGGCCCGAGCAGGGGGAGCUGCUGAGCCCGUGCCGAUGCGAUGGAUCUGUGAAGUGCACGCACCAGCCAUGUCUGAUCAAAUGGAUUAGUGAGAGAGGCUGCUGGAGCUGUGAGCUGUGCUACUACAAGUAUCACGUCAUUGCCAUAAGCACAAAGAACCCUCUGCAGUGGCAGGCCAUCUCUCUGACAGUCAUUGAGAAGGUUCAGAUAGCAGCAGCCAUCCUGGGUUCCCUCUUCCUCAUCGCCAGUAUCUCGUGGCUCAUCUGGUCGACCUUCAGUCCUUCAGCCAAGUGGCAGCGCCAGGACCUGCUCUUCCAGAUCUGCUAUGGAAUGUAUGGCUUCAUGGACAUUGUCUGUAUAGGUCUAAUAAUACACGAAGGGCCCUCAGUUUACCGGAUUUUUAAACGGUGGCAGGCGGUCAAUCAGCAGUGGAAAGUGCUGAACUAUGACAAAACAAAGGACAUGGAGGAGCAAAAAACAGGGACCAGGACAAAUCAGCGCCCCUCCUCCCAAACCAACCACUCGUCCUCCACUGGUGGUACAGCCACUAACUCCGCUCCAGCCGACAGCGGGGCACGGGCUGCCGGCCAUGCCACAGGCACCCUCUCUGACCACCACUGUGCUUACACCAUCCUGCAUAUACUCAGCCACCUGAGGCCUCACGAACAGAGGAGUCAGUCUAGUAGUAACAGAGAGCUCGUCAUGAGGGUCACGACGGUCUGAGCCGAGGAAUUCAGGAGGCCUUAACACGAAGCGGAAGAGACAAAAGAACUCAUAAAGCAGAGGAGCAUGGUGUGCCUUUUUCUUUCUCUUUCCUUUUUUCUUUUUUUUUUUUUUUUCUUCUCUCCUUUUCUUUUUUCAGUAACUGCACAAGAUAUAAGAGGCGGCACCUGGCCAGCUAAGGAAAAAAGCAGGUGGAGGGAGAGCUGCACACUCAUGCUAAAGAGGUUAAUGUUUUCCAGCCUGUUUAAAAAAAAAAAAAAAAAGAAAAAAAAAAAAGAAAAAAAAUAACAACACAAAUCACAAAAAAAACCAACAAAACAAGUGCAAUACAGACUACAAACUGAGUAGGCAGAGCUCUGGGGAAGCAGAGGAACAGACGGUUUAGCAUGUCUUACAAAUCCUAUUACCUGGAAUAGGAAACGCUCUGUGCACAGCCCCCGUACACACACGCACGCGCACACAAACACACACGUAGUGUGAGAUUUAUAAAAACGUGGAAGGGAAUGAAAUACUUGGAGUGUUUUUAUUUUCCAGACUCCAGUUAACCAGGGCUAUGAGUUGUUUUGUUUCAUGAGUCACUGGAGCCUUGUUUGAUUUACUGUGGGGUACCUGAAAUGAAAUGGCUGGGGAUUUUUCAGUAUUGAUUUACAGAAGAGAGGGUGAAUCAUCUCACUAAGAAAAUCUUAACAAAAUCCAGGCAUACCCAAAUUUCACCAAGAAGCCUGUUUUUUCAUAAUGUUCCUGACAAGGGGUUUGUGAGGGUAGGACUGGGAGGGGGGAGGGCGCUCCAUGACCUUUAUUUGACGUAUAGGCAUUUUUGGCAAAUUUUGUACAAACGUUCCGCAGGUGUUUCAAGCACAAGUACUGGUGUGAUUCAUGCCUUCAUAACCCCAAAUCCAGCAUCCAGACCUUGCCACCCACACACAUCAUUUUCCAUGCAGACAUUCCAGGUUAAUUUCCUUCCAUUUUACUCUAAUCACAAGAAGCUGGCCCAUCUUUGGUGGGUUUCUGCUCCCUUGCUGAUUCACACACUCAUGCAUUAGAGAUGUACUUUUUUUUUUUUUUUUUUUGGGUGUCUGUAUCUCUGCUGCUCAAUUUGCAACAGUCUCACUCAGUCUUGUAGGCUGAUCCUUUCACAUCCGCUCUGUUAGUUUAUUAUAGAGUCUAUUCCAUUCAAUCAUCCAAAAGAGAGUUAGUCUGAAGAGGGAGCAGAGUUGCUGACUGACUGUGUAGCACUUCUAAUAAGUCUCCUUUUCUGGGAUAUAUCCUUGAAGGUAUCGGUUGCUCUUCAGGAACAUUCUCUUUCAAUGCACAAUGGCUGAAUCAUUUGUGGAUAUUAAAGGGACACUGUCAAGUACUUUUUAAAUAGUUUUUAGGGUUUGGGCUUUUUUUACUCUCCAUUGUUUGUAAUAUUCUCUUACAAGCUUGAAAAUAAAAUUUCUUUCC